AUGACAACAAUUGGAAACUACGCAUUCAUGUCAUGUUCUAAUCUUGUCCGAAUCCUUUUCAGCGGGAACAGCAUCAAAGAACUUGGAACAGAAUCAUUAAAAGGCUGCAGCAAACUUUCAUUCUUGUACAUCACUAGCUCAAGCUUAACGACAAUUGGCGAGCGAGCAUUCGAAGACUCACCACAUCUUCUUAAAUGUGGAUCAAUUCGAUGCUCCAAAAGUAAGAUCAAUUUAUUCACACAACGAAACAUCCCAAUAAUAUCAUUUGAAUUAGAUUGCAAACUUAUUGUAAACACAUGUGCUCAAAAACUAUCAACUUUUUCAACAAUCUCCAUCACUCUUCUAACACCAAUCAUAAUUAUGUAA